AUGAUUGUUCAAGGACAAUUAACAGAACAACAAAUCAAUGAUAUUGUUAGUGUUCAUAACAAGUUUAGACACAAUGCAGGUAUAUUGUAUGGACCACCACCAAUAUCUCCUUUAAAUUCGAUUAAAUGGGAUGUCCACAUGGCAUCUAAAAUGCAAUCAUUUGUAUCUACUUGUCAAUUGAAUAGUUUUCCUGAUCCCAAAUAUUCGAAUUGGGGUUAUACUUCUUUUAGAAUAAUAAACUCCAAUUUCAAUCCUUUUAAUUUAUUGGAUAGAAUAUUUACAACAGCAGCAUCAUUGUAUGAUUGGAAGACUGCAGGUUGUAUUAAUGGAUCUCGUUGUGAAAUGUAUCCAACAUUGACAUGGAAUGCGAGUACUGCGAUUGGGUGUGGAAAGGCUGUUUGUUCAGGUGACAAGGUUUGGAUGGUAUGUGCUUAUAAUCCAAUCGGUGGUUUCGUAGGUGUUAAACCAUACACACCAAAACCAAAUAUUAUCACUACAACUAAACCAACUCCAACAGUCACGCCAAUAUCAUCAUCACCACCAACAACACCAGCACCAAGUAUAUCUACCAAUGUUGCAACAUCUUCUGCUGUCCAAAAUACAACGUUUCCAACAACACUUGAUUGGAGAUGGAAAGGUGCAGUUACAAGUAUCAAGAACCAAGGACAAUGUGGUGGAUGUUGGAGUUUUAGUUCAGCUGCAACAUUAGAAUCACAAUAUCUAAUAAAGAAUGGGAAAACAGCCGAACAAUAUGAUAUUGAUUUGUCUGAACAACACUUUAUCAAUUGUGCAGCCAAUGGAUGUAAUGGAGGUAAUGCAGUAGAGGCAUUUAAAACUCUAUUGUCCACAGGUGUGAUGUAUGAGGAUGCAUACACCUACAAGGCAUUGACUCUUGAAUGUCCAACAGCACUUGUAGGUCCUACAUUCAAGUGGUCAGGAUACAAAAACAUUCCAGCCAACAAAGAUGCCUUUAUAGCUGAACUCCAAAACGGUCCAAUCUAUGUGUCCAUCUACACUGACAGUGGAUUCAUGAGAUACAGUACAGGUGUCUAUUCAUGUCCAGUGGCUAAUAACCCAAAUCAUGCUGUCACUAUCAUUGGUUAUGAUUUAGUUCAAAACUAUUGGAUUGUUAAAAAUUCAUGGGGCCAAGGAUGGGGAAGCUCAGGACUAAUCAACCUCGACAUGUCUGCUUGUUCAAUAUAUAGGUAUCGUGCAUUUAGACCAAUCUUGUAA